GGGCAUGCCGGCCGUGCAAUGACACCGAGAUCCUGAUGGCCAUUUGCACUAGUGACUUUGUGAUCCGCGGCAGCAUCCGGAGCGUCUCCAACGAUGUGGAGCUGCAGGAAUCCGUCAUUGGGGUGAGCGCCACCCGCAUCCACCGCCAAAAGUUCCCCCUUUUCCAGGCAGGGUGGCCGGGGCGGCCGGCAGGCAGCAUUCGCACCCCGCUGCGCUGUGGGGUCAAGCCGGGCCCCGGAACCUUUCUCUUCACGGGGUGGCUGCAUUUUGGCGAAGCCUGGCUGAGCUGCGCGCCCCGCUAUAGGGACUUCCAGCGCAUCUACGAGGAGGCACGGCGCACGCGCCAGAACCCCUGCGAGUUCCCCAUGGACUGA